CCAACGUCACGUGGGCGUGGCAAACCCGACACCAACACGCACAUCGCCACCACUUAUUUUUCCUCUUCCUCCUCUCCCCCGCGUCCUCCUCCACCCCCGGCGACCCCCGCGAUCCGGCGAAGCAUCGAGAACCUCCCGCCGAGGGCGAUCCCCGCCAGCUAUCUACCCAGGCCCAGCCAUGGGCUUCCUGAUCACCACGAUCAUCUUCUUCCUCGCAGGCUUCGUCGCCUCCUGUCUGGCCCUCAUCUGCUGCAACCGCGGGCCCUCCACCAACCUAUUCCAUGUGACUCUGGUUAUUACGGCUACAAUUUGUUGUUGGAUGAUGUGGGCAAUCGUCUAUCUUGCACAGAUGAAGCCUUUGAUCAACCCCAUCCUGAGUGGCGAGUGAGCGGUGUUUCUAGAAGUAAUUUACGAUCCAGUCAUGAUGUAUCAUUAUUCAGCCGAGAACUUCUAUUCGUUUUGCCGUAACUGAAAUAAAGAACCACUGUGAGGUUCUGCUACUCUUCCCUACAGACAUUUGCGGAGUUGCACGCUGUGAUUAGUGUAUGCAAUUGUAUCAUAUACAAAAUAAUUUCAGUUAUUUUGUUAUAUAUGGAUAUCCUUCCGCUUGUCGUGA